AUGGAUCCAUUUGUGGUGCUGGUGCUCUGUCUCUCCUGUUUGCUUCUCCUUUCACUCUGGAGACAGAGCUCUGCGAGAGGGAAGCUCCCACCAGGCCCCACUCCUCUCCCAAUUAUUGGAAAUAUCCUACAGGUAGAUGUUAAGGACAUCAGCAAAUCCUUAAGCAAUUUCUCAAAAGUCUAUGGCCCUGUGUUCACUGUGUAUUUUGGCCAGAAGCCUGUUGUGGUGUUGCAUGGAUAUGAGGCAGUGAAGGAAGCCCUGAUUGAUAUGGGAGAGGAGUUUUCUGGAAGAGGCAUUUUAGCAGUGGCUGAAAGAGCUAAUAAAGGACAUGGAAUCGUUUCCAGCAAUGGAAAGACAUGGAAAGAUAUCCGACGCUUCUCACUCAUGACCCUGCGAAAUUUUGGGAUGGGGAAGAGGAGCAUUGAGGACCGUGUUCAAGAGGAAGCCCGCUGCCUUGUGGAGGAGCUGAGAAAAACCAAGUCCUCACCGUGUGAUCCCACUUUUAUCCUGAGCUGUGCUCCCUGCAAUGUGAUCUGCUCCAUUAUUUUCCAGAAUCGUUUUGAUUAUAAAGAUCAGAAUUUUCUUAAUUUAUUGGAAAGACUCAAUGAGAAUGUCAGGAUUUUGAGUUCCACAUGGUUGCAGGUCUGCGAUAAUUUUCCACCUCUCAUUGACUAUUUACCAGGGACUCAUAACACAUUACUUAAAAAUAUUGCUUAUACAAAAAGUUAUGUUUUGGAGAAAGUAAAAGAACACCAAGAAUCGCUGGACAUUAACAAUCCUCGAGACUAUAUUGAUUGUUUCCUGAUCAAAAUGGAGCAGGAAAAACACAAUCAGCAUUCUGGAUUUACUAUUGAAAAUUUAGUAUGCAGUGUAUCUGAUUUGUUUGGAGCUGGGACAGAGACAACAAGCACCACCGUGAGAUAUGGACUCUUGCUCCUACUGAAGUACCCGGAGGUCACAGCUAAAGUCCAGGAAGAGAUUGGCCGUGUGGUUGGCAGACACCGGAGUCCCUGCAUGCAGGACAGGAGCCGCAUGCCUUACACAGAUGCUGUGGUGCAUGAGAUCCAGAGAUACAUUAACCUCCUUCCCACCAACCUACCCCAUGCCGUGACAUGUGACAUUAAAUUCAGAAACUACUACAUCCCUAAGGGCACAACCAUAUUUACAUCUCUUUCAUCUGUGCUGCAUGAUGAGAAGGAAUUCCCCAACCCAAAGGUGUUUGACCCUGGCCACUUUCUGGAUGAGAGUGGAAACUUUAAGAAAAGUGACUACUUCAUGCCUUUCUCAGCAGGAAAACGGAUUUGUCUGGGAGAGAGCCUUGCCCGCAUGGAGCUGUUUUUGUUCCUGACCACCAUUUUACAGAACUUUAACCUGAAAUCUCUGGUUGAUCCAAAGGACCUUGAUACCACCCCAGUUGCCAAUGGAUUUGCAUCUGUGCCACCAUCAUACCAGAUCUGCUUCAAUCCUGUCUGA